CCGGGUCCUCGCUGGGCGCUGUAUUAAUCUGAUGAGGAAGACCAGUAUUUAGAGCGUGCGAAGGCAGCAGUGCGGGCUCGGGCAGGAGCAGGACACGUCGAGUGUGCCGAGAGCCACUUCACAGUUCACACACAAACUUCCUCCCCCGUUUCACCAUGUCGAAGGAUGUGCUCGCCGACAUCCCCGCCGGCGAGGCACCGGCGAAACGCGCGCCCCUCAACAAGUACGCCCUCGCCUGCGCCAUUCUCGCCUCCAUGAACUCCAUCCUCCUCGGCUAUGAUGUCUCGGUGAUGAGCGGCGCGCAGAUAUUCAUGAAGAGGGACCUGCACAUCACGGACACGCAGAUCGAGGUCCUCGCCGGCAUCAUCAACAUCUUCUCGCUCGUCGGCUCGCUCGCGGCGGGCCGCACGUCCGACUGGAUCGGCCGGCGCUACACCAUGGUCCUCGCGUCGGUCAUCUUCUUCGCGGGCGCGCUCAUCAUGGGCCUCGCCCCGGGCUACGCGGUCCUCAUGCUCGGCCGCUUCGUCGCCGGCGUCGGCGUCGGCUACGCGCUCAUGAUCGCGCCGGUGUACACGGCCGAGGUCGCCCCCACCUCCGCCCGCGGCCUGCUCACGUCCUUCCCGGAGGUGUUCAUAAACACCGGGGUGCUCCUCGGCUACAUCUCCAACUACGCCUUCCACGGCCUGCCCGUGCACCUCAGCUGGCGCGCCAUGUUCCUCGCCGGCCCCGUGCCGCCGGUCUUCCUCGCUGUUGGCGUGCUCUCCAUGCCGGAGUCGCCGCGGUGGCUCGUCAUGCAGGGCCGCAUCGGGGACGCGCGCCGCGUGCUCGAGAAGACCUCCGACUCCCCUGAGGAGGCCGUGGAGCGGCUCGCCGACAUCAAGAGCGCCGUCGGCAUCCCCGAGGGGAUCGCCGACGACAAUAACGACGAGUUGCUCGCCAUCGUUCGCAAGAACAAGGGCACCCACGGCGAGGGCGUCCUGAGGGACCUGCUGCUCCACCCGACGCCGCCGGUGCGCCGCAUCCUGAUCGCCUGCCUCGGUCUCCAGUUCUUCCAGCAAGCCUCCGGCAUCGACUCCGUGGUGCUGUACAGCCCACGGGUGUUCGAGAAGGCCGGCAUCAAGUCCGACGCCAACACGCUCGGAGCCACCAUCUCGGUGGGCGCGACCAAGACGCUCUUCAUCCUCGUGGCCACGUUCCUCCUCGACCGCGUCGGGCGGAGGCCGCUGCUCCUCACCAGCGCCGGCGGGAUGUUGGUGUCGCUCGUGACGCUGGCGUCGACGCUGCACGUGAUCGCCCAGCGGGCCUCACCGGCGGACGGGGCGACGGCGCUGUCGGGGGUGAGCAUCGCGUCGGUGCUGACGUUCGUGGCGUCGUUCUCGAUCGGGAUGGGGCCCAUCGCGUGGGUGUACAGCUCGGAGAUCUUCCCGCUGCGGCUGCGCGCGCAGGGGUGCGCGCUCGGCACGGCGAUGAACCGGAUCAUGAGCGGAGCCAUCACCAUGUCCUUCUACUCGCUCUCCCACAAGAUCACGCUCGCCGGGAACUUCUACCUCUACGCCAGCAUAGCUGCCGCCGGGUGGGUGUUCAUGUACUGCUUCCUGCCGGAGACGAGGGGCCGGGGCCUGGAGGACACCGAGAAGCUCUUCGGUGGUGGCGAUGGCGUGGAGAAGGAAGACGGCCAUGGGCAUGCCAAGUCCACGGAGUUGACUACUCAGUAGUGAGUCAACACUGUAUGCGGUACUACAGUAGAGUACUAUUUAGCGGUCGUCCAAAUGCUUCAAUAGCUAGCUGAAUAUUCAUACUUGUGAGCUUGGAUUCUGCUGGUCAAAUUUGUAGACAUAGAUGGAUGCGCCUACGUACGGUCAAAAGUACUCCCUCCGUCUCAUAACAAUUUAAGAUGUUUUUUGACACUCUACAAAUGUUAAAAAAGUCCUACAUUUUGAGACGUAAGAAAGUACAUGCCAACAGCUAUAUAAGAGUCAAAAUUGAUCUUCAGUAACAUGUUGAAUACUCGUACUUGUGAUUUG